UUGCACCUUUCCUCGAGAAAGGAAGCACCGCAGCCUCCUGGUGCUGCUGCGCAGGAUCGUCUGCCCAAGGGAAGUAAGGCUAGCAGACCUUUCGGUCCUGGCAUCUCUUGUGUGGGAGCAGUCCUUGGAUAUAUUCGGUAUUGGAGGCGGUAUCCAAAUCAGGAGGCAGUGGCACCCGGGAACCGCGGCCUCUCCGAGCUGCUGCUGACCUUUCCGAACGGUCAGGGCAGCUUGGGAGCGCAGCGCAGCGCAGCAAUCCCUGCAGAGCUGUUCCCACAGGAAAAGCGGGCUUUGUUCCGCAAAUGGACUGUUUAUGGCUCGAUCCGCGCCGGGAGCUUCCAGUGGCAAGAGUCACUUGAGUUGGGACAGCCUCACCUCUCUGUGACCGUGAUUGUCACGUCUGGCAACUGCUAAAUUCCGGAUGGGAGAGCUCUGGUAACUACACUGACAGUAGUGGAGAAAAAAUGAUCGGUAGGGAUUAAACCUGAAGACUUUUGGAGUAUUUUGCUCAAAAGGUAUUUUGAACAAAACACUCUCCAGUCUCUGACCCAGAAGGGAUCAGUUGAACAACUACAAUGCAUAUAUAUAUAGAUAAAAACAAAUUAUGUUUCUUCUUCCCAUUGUUUCUGUUUUAAAGGGGAGCUGCUUUCCCAUUGUGUUGCUUGGUCUUAGAAUGAAAACAGAUUUGCUAUCCCUGCUUUUCAGUAAACUAUAACUGAAAGAAAGCAGUAGCUGAAUACGGUGACACAAGCCAUUCAUAAAUAAUCCCUGUAGUACUGCAGAAGUUGAAUUGAGACUUAAAAAAAAAAAAAGGAAAUUAUCUCAAGUCUGCAAAAAUAUGACUGUCUCAUUUCAUAGUACUGAAAACCCCCGGAGCGUGGCGGAGAGCGCUCGGCAGCGGCAGGGAGCGGGUCCCGCCCGGGUGCAGUUGCCAGGAGGCCUCGGCGGGGAGUGGGACGGGAACGCUUAUCCAUAGGCAGCAGAAGGGCUUGGACACAAGUGCUGUCCCAGUACACGAAGCAAAGGCGGUAAAAUUUUACCCUCAAGGGACGGCGAUCCCAAAGGUUUUGUAAGAGGGUAAGAGCAAUAAAUGGAAUCUUUAAAGCGUCGUGUGAGGCUUUGCUGGUGUGCCUUUAAAAACAGGUGAACUGUGUGUGAAAUUACAGAACUUCAGCUGUAUGCAAAACACUUGUGUGAACGUCUGCUUUUAAAAAAAGGUACAUUUUAUUUAACACGAAUCUUUAUCCUGGAGGCAAACACAGUUCUGAUGUGAAAAGCAAAGCAAAAGGCACUCACUGCGUCUUCUAAUCGCUCUGUUUGUUUUCUAGGUUCUGGAUGUAGGAAAUAUGAAUGACUGGCAGAAGAAGAGCCCUCUAGACUGGGAAACGUAUGUGAACAAAUUGGUGAAAGUUGUUGCAAUUGAGAAACAUGAGUAUGAAGGAUGGGUUUUAACAGUUGAUCCAGUUUCUGCCAGCAUUGUCCUUGCAGCAUUCCUGGAGAGUGAAAAGGUGUCCAUUUCAGUUGUCAUGGGCCAUGCUGUCCAAGAGGUUGAAAUACUGAAAGAAGGGGACGGUGAAAUGCAGCAACGCCUUUCUCGCAUAUUCGCGCCUAAGGAAAGCAAAGCCUACAGCCCAGAGGAACUGGAGAAGAGGAAGAAUGACUUGAAGACUUGGCUGGAAACAAACCACAUCCCCGUGGCGGAGCAAGGGGAGUCGGGCAGGACACUCUGUGUGGCGGGGGUGUUAACGAUUGACCCCCCGUACGGCCCCGAGCAGUGCAGCAGCUCCAACGAGAUCAUCCUGUCCCGGGUUCAAGGGUUGGUACAGGGUUAUCUGGAGAAACAACAGUGAUGUCUGCUGUUUAAAGCAGGAUUUGUCUUUAGGAAUGGGUCUACCUGCUGUGUUUUAGGAACUGUGCUGGGUAUCAGUAUUCACUGUUUGCAAAAGUGCUGGUUUUAGAUACUUUUGUCUGAUUUUUUGGGUAUGUAAAUAAAGGGAUAAAACAAACAGUAUAAACCAAAAGCACAAGCAUUUUUCGUGCACUAUUUUUUACUAAAAGCGAACCGUUAGAUAAUGAUGCUGUAUUAAGCUGAUUUAUCACUUAAUAUAUCAAUUUUGUAUUUUUGUAGCAGUAUUGUGAAAGGUGAUACACAAUAAAUUUUAAACUGUGUUUUCCUCUGCCUUUAAA